UCCCUCUUCCCCCCUCGCUUUUUCUCCCAACUACUAUUUUGUUUUUUGAAGUCUCUCGAUCUGUGAAAAGCUCUAGGGUUUCCUUUCUAGGGUUUUUGCGUUCAAUCUCGCUCCUACGUUCCUCCAAAUCCUCCAACAUUCAUUGCGAGUAAGCGGAGAUGAAGCUGACUGUGAAGACAUUGAAAGGCAGUCACUUUGAAAUCCGCGUUCAGCCAAGCGACACGAUUAUGGCUGUAAAAAAAAAUAUUGAAGAUGUGCAAGGGAAGGACAGCUAUCCAUGUGGGCAACAAUUAUUGAUACAUAAUGGAAAGGUGUUGAAAGAUGAAACUACCUUGGAAGAGAACAAAGUCAGUGAAGAUGGGUUUCUUGUUGUCAUGCUUAGCAAGAGCAAAACCAUGGGAUCAACAGGGGCUUCAUCUGCUCAGGGUUCUUCAACUGCAGCAGCACCUGCACCUGCACCUGCACCUGCACCUGCACCAACAGCUGCAGCAGCACCUGCAACUGCACCAACAGCUGCAGCAGCACCUGCAACUGCACCAACAGCUGCAGCAGCACCUGCACCUGCACCUGCACCAACAACUGCAGCAGCACCUGCACCAACAACUGCAGCAACACCUGUAUCAACAACUGCAGCAGCUGUUGCUACUCUACAAGCACCAGUUGAUAGUGGUGAUGUCUAUGGUCAAGCUGCAUCCAAUUUAGUUGCUGGUAGUAAUCUUGAGCAGACUAUUCAGCAAAUAAUGGAUAUGGGUGGUGGUAACUGGGAUAAGGAGACCGUUACACGUGCUCUUCGUGCAGCAUACAACAAUCCAGAGCGUGCUGUUGAUUAUUUAUAUUCUGGUAUUCCAGAAACUGCAGAGAUUGCUGUUCCUGUAGCUCCUCUCCCUACAAAUCCAGCAUCUGGGGGUGCUAACCCCACUAGUCAAACAAGUGCAGCAACUACUGCAGCUCUCACUGGAGGACCUAAUUCUUCUCCCCUGAAUUUGUUUCCCCAGGAGACUCUCAAUUCUGGUGCUGCUGCUGGGGGUGGAUCCCUUGAUUUCCUGAGACACAACCAACAGUUCCAAGCUUUGCGUUCAAUGGUGCAAUCAAAUCCACAAAUUCUACAGCCAAUGCUUCAGGAGCUGAGCAAGCAAAAUCCCCAACUUCUUAGACUGAUCCAGGAUCACCAUGCAGAGUUUCUUCAAUUAAUAAAUGAACCGGUUGAAGGUGCUGAAGGGGAUUUAUUUGAGCCAGCAGACCAAGACAUGCCCCAUGCUAUUAGUGUUACACCGGCAGAGCAGGAGGCUAUUGAGCGACUUGAAGCUAUGGGCUUUGACAGAGCCCUUGUCAUCGAGGCAUUUUUAGCUUGUGACCGUAAUGAGGAAUUGGCAGUCAACUACUUGCUGGAGAAUGCUGGGGAUUAUGAAGAUUAAGUGGAAACAUGUGGAAGAGGGUUACAUGACCAAAGUUGUCCGGAGUUGUUUUUAAGGAAGGCGGCACAACUUCCCCUCUCAAUUGGAGGGCGGUCACACAUUGGGUAUGGUGUUUCUUGUCAGAUUGGGGAUGGUGAUUUCCAUUGGUUUCUACUUUGCUUAUUAGUGAGAACACGAUGGUUUUUGUCUUUGGGUAGAAGGAAGGAAGAGUGUCUGAAUGCUCUGCUCUGCUCUGAAGUGCUAUGCAUCUCUGCUUUGUGUCGAUUCUUUGCAAUUAUUGUUGAAUGAGCAAACUAUAUAUGACAGAGCAAAUUUAACAUUAUACCAAACAAGUUUUAUACAGGGAUGAAUUUGUGUCCGUGUGUC